CACACUUCCGGGCACGGCUUCUCUUCCGCCUGCUGGGGCGAGUUCCAGGUUGAGGCCGGAUGCUGCGGGUGCUGCGUGGCCUGCGGGGUGUGGCGCUGCACGCAUCUUGGUCGCCUGGACGAGCACCCCCGGUCAAGCCUGUCACCCGCGCCUUCCCACCACAGCGGCUGCAGAUGAGGGAGUCCCCGAGUUGAGUGUCUCGGCGAUGGCUACUCCCUGGAGGUGCGCCCUGUUGAUGAUCCUGGCGUCCCAGGUGGUGACCCUGGUAAAAUGCUUGGAAGAGGACGACGUCCCGGAGGAGUGGCUCCUUCUGCACGUGGUCCAAGGCCAGAUAGGAGCCGGGAAUUACAGCUACUUGCGGUUGAACCACGAGGGUAAAAUUAUUCUCAGGAUGCAGAGCCUCAGAGGGGAUGCGGACCUGUACGUGUCCGACACCACUCUGCACCCAAGCUUUGACGACUAUGAGCUGCAGUCGGUCACUUGCGGCCAGGAUGUGGUCUCUAUACCGGCGCACUUCCAGCGCCCGGUGGGGAUAGGAAUUUAUGGACACCCCUCACACCAUGAAAGCGACUUUGAGAUGAGGGUGUACUCUGACAGAACUGUGGAUCAGUACCCAUUUGGAGAGGCUGCCUAUUCUGCUGACCCCACAGGAGCCAGUCAGAACCAAGCUUAUGCUCCAGAGGAGGCAGCCCAAGAGGAGGAAUCGGUCCUCUGGACGAUAUUGAUUAGCAUUUUGAAAUUGGUGCUGGAAAUUCUCUUCUAAACCUUUAUUUGCACGGAUCGACUGGUUUGCCGCGGACCUUGUUACUUGACCUGGUGAAAUUCUGGUUACUUUUUCUAGACUAGGAUGGAAAAAUAAAGCCAUACAGUUUUGUUACCUCAGUUUACUCCCCAAGCAGGAAAAGCAGCAAGCACAAUAUUUUAUAGAUUAAAAUUUCUACAAAAGGAGUCUGCUCAAUAAAAUGUUUAAAUACAUUUUGAUUAGUCAGGUGAGUAAAAUGAUCCCUGCAGUAACAGGCUGUAUAAAUCAGAUUAAACUUUUGUGCUAAUGCAAAUGAAAUUAAAAGGCUGUAGAAUUUAUUCUAUAGACAUUCUAAAUGAAGUCCAGCACUUGGAGCUUUAAUGAGGUCCUAAAGCCAGGUCGGGAAUGCGAUUACAGCCUCUGUGCACAGGAGGGACAGGGUACCUGAUACUCAAGGCCUCUGCAGACUGUUGCUGUGCCAGCUGAUGACCGUCCCGGAUCCAGUUGGACCAGGUCUUGGGCUGACAGGAAUAACCUUGAUACUGCCUACGCAGGCCAGGACAGUCAUAGCAGACGGUAACUUUGACUCAAGAAGUAUUUCAAAUUAAGUUGAUACAUUUUUCUGCUGAUCUCCGGAAAAAGCACAAAAGAGAUUAAAAUCUGGGGAAAUGAGCCAUUUCUCUUGACUUUCUUUCAAGGGUAGGAGUUGCUAAUGAUGAAAUAAAUCAACUUGAAGAUGUUUAAGGUCAUAGUUAAUUUCAAAAAAAGUUCUUUAUUGGCAUAAAAAUGAAAGUGUAAAUAAAUUGGCACCAAAUAUCCCAAACAUGAGGGUCAAAAACCUAUUUUUAGCCCUCUUUGCUGUUUUUUCCCCUUCUGCCCACUUUCCUGGGUGUUGGGGGAGCUCGCUGACAACAGUCACAAAUCCAGCGACCUAGGAGAAAAAUUGUUAGUUAAUACGGAGUGGAAUUUUAUUUUUAUAGGACUGAGUACAAACCACCUAAACUCAUUCCUGAGCUAUCUAUCCAUAGUGAUAACUCUGGGACUUUUCAGUGGGGGAGGGAGUGCUGAGCUCCUUAAACAAGGAAGAAAACAAAAACAGCCCUAAUCAGUGUAACCAAUGCAGUGUAGGAUUCAGUGCAUGGAGGGCACAAAACAAUCAUUUGUACCUUUAAAAAGAUACAUUAUAAUCCUUCCUAAAAUUCAGAUACCAUCAUGCUCUAAAACCUCAGCAGCACCUGUCCUAAUGUAGAACCUGCCGAUGAGUCUGCCUUCUGUGACCUCCCCUCCACUAUUCUCACGGUUCUCUCCAUGGCACUUUAAAGCCAGCACCUCUACCACACACUUGAGCUGAAUUACUACAGAACAUUAAGUGAUGGAAUUCCAGGAAACUUACAAAGUACUAUACAGUGUUAACUAUGCAACUAAGUUCUUAAAAUUGCACAAUUAUCUGUAUAAUAUUUCAAUAGAAUUACUGUGAUUUACAAUUUGAUUCUGUGUCCAUCCUAAAAUUAUCUGGAAUUGUCAUGCUGCCUCCUUUAUGGAAAGAUGUCUUAGUAUAUAAAGGCAUAACAGCCACUUUGUUAAGUUUCUAAAUAGAUGACCUUUAAAAAUAAAAAUCAAAGCAUUGGAACAAACUGGGUGUUACU